UCAGAUCGAUGGAAGACUCGGCGGCGGCAAUGGCGGCCGCCCUCCCAAACGACGUCCUCCUCGAGAUCCUGCUCCGACUGGACGACGCGGCCGACCUCUUCCGCUGCGCCACCGCGUGCAAGCGACUGCGCGGCCUCGUCAUCGAUUCAUCCUUCCUCCUGCGCCGGUGGCCGGAGCACGUGCGCCCAUCCUUGGCCGGAUUGUUCAUCAAGGAUCGGGGCCGUUAUCAAGGGUCCAAGGUGCUCGUCCCGACGCCGCGGUCCGAGCUGGGUCCAGGCCGCCGCCGUGCCCUCAGCUGCUUCGUUCCCGGCAUCUCUGCACGCCUAUUAUACCACGCGGUGCCGCUGUUCUCGAGUCGCGGCCUCCUGCUCGCGCGCCUCGCCCCCAAGGACACAAGUUGGAGCGUCGUCCACCUGGCUGUCUGCAACCUGCUCACCGGCACAUGCGACGUGCUCCUUCCUAUACAGCUAGGUCUCGCGUCCCUCUCCCCUGCCUCCCCUGCCGGCGAGCGUAGCGGCUGCGCCAUCGUGACCGGCACGGACUAUCGCCGUUCCAGCAGCGACGACGAGGAACCACGGGGCAAUUCACCACUCUUCAAAGUGAUAGUCCUCACCGUCAGCUGCAAGGACGACCUCAAGUUCUACCUUAACACGUUCUCGUCCGACGAACCGAGCUGGAGAGCCAUGCGCACGGUGUCCUUUGGCGCUACCAUAGACGCCAAUGCCUCCGGGUCGUUCUGUCAGAGCGAUGCCGUCGUGCGCCACGGCACCGCGCACUGGCUAUUUCGUAACGAGACGGCGCGGUGUUUCUGCCUUGUUGGAGUGAACGCCCAGAGCGGCCAUGUCUCCUUCACGAGGCUCCCCGUCCCGAUGAUGACCGAAGUAGAUUACCCGUGCCUUUGCUCAGGCUCAGCCACCGAUGGCACGCUCUCGGUGCCACACAUGCAAUGGGGAGGUUCCCCGGUCGAGCUAAUGAUACAGCCUAGAAAAGAGAAUCAAGGAAGAGAAAGGUUAUACAUUGUGGGAGAGAAGUGUGGUAAAUUGAUUGUGAAGGACAGGCGCGGACGCGUGUACACAGGCAACCUCUCGACCGGGGCAAUGGAGGAGGUGGCGGACUGGCCUCGCAUGUGCCACAUCAACACUCCGAAUGUUGUGCCUUGGAGAUGGAUUGGCCGGCGUUCUUUGUUUCCCGCCUUGGUACCAUAAGCAACCCUGGCAUUUGCCGUUCAUCUCCAAGUAGAAAGGGAAGUCCAAGAAGAAGAGGGUGAUGCGGCGGGAAGACUUGUGACCGCGACAAGGCCACAGAUGGAUGAAAAGAGAUACUAGCUCUACAUCGAGAUAAUAUUAGAUUACGUGUGUUUUUUAUGCAGAAAUUCAUUAUGGGUAUCACCAAAUUGUAACUACAGUUCUCACAAACAUGUCGGUUUUGUCAUGGCGGUUGGUAUACCCUUUG